AGGGCUCAAAACCGCGUAAUUUAUGUCCUGCAAUCGUACGGUGUGCAGUUGUUGUACGGUGUAUUCGAAAAGCAAACGUUGACGUUUCAACGUAUAUCGCGGUAAAACAAGCUAAUGAAAGGACGCUAAAGCUAAAGUACACAAAAAUGGAGUUGGCAAGCAAAAUGAUUAACGAAAAGCGUGAUUUUCAUUACAAUGGCAAAGAUAGUAACAAUUUUGUGCGCUGCUGUGCCUGUCGGUGCUACACACCUUUUAUAUUUUACAUAGUAUCAGCGCCUGCGAUUAAAACAAUGAACAUUUAUCUAAAACACAACUUCUUUUGCGCUGAAUGCGUCCCAAAACCGUUGUCGCCGGCCGAGAGUGAUGCAUUAUAUCCUACCGGGAGCAUACUAAACAAUCCGGAAAUCAUGGAUAUGUUUGAGGGAUAUAAAUUCUACAAUCCAUACUAUCACAAAUUUGCCACGAAGAACAUUUUGAUUAUAACCGAGUCAGCCAAAAUUCGUCCCAGUUAUAAAGCAGUCAUACGAAAACCGUUGCCGACAGAAGCGAAGGUAGAGAAAAUUUGUAAACUCUUCCCGCUGGUGCAUCAACUACCCAAUAAGAAAUAUGACACAACUGUAGCAAUGUACGAAGCGCUUCGACGAAAAUUUAAAGAAAUACGUGAAGCAUACGAUGCAACAAAUCUUAGCCCUGAUUUUCACGACAACAUCGACUUGUUGGUUGAUCGCACACCGCAAACAUCACGAAGUCGUUCACAGAUAUAUGUAACUAACUCUAACAGCAGCUAUGCGUCGGAUGUAUACCAAAUGCGCACUGCUGCCUCGGAAGAAGACUCGCUAACACCAAGCGACAGAACCAUGGUACAAAUCAGCUCGGAAAUGAUCAGCGAUCACUUCCAACUUCCUGACAGCGAGGAACCUGUAGCGCCCAACCUAGCGACCGUUUCGACUCAGGAAGCUGAACACUCACCGAACAUGAUAAACAUUAGUUCACAGGAACCUGAGAAUGAAAAUGAAUCGGGACCGGCCUCAAGUAUUUCAAAUCUCUCGCAGAAUUCCAGCAUAGCAACUAUAAUCAGCACAGGGCUAAAUAAUAGCAGAACACAACCACGGCAGGGAUUUAGUGAUUCACAGGAAGCUGGACCAAGUGGGUUACAGCAACGAAGGGACGAAACUCCACUACCAAAGCGCCGCCGGAUCACUGCUGUUAAUCCUUCCCCCGCUGAUGUGCAAUCGGGCCGAACAACCAAUAGUAGAAUGCCACGGCUCCACGGAGGCUGAGGUCGGUGCAUCUGUUGUUAAUUUGUAUUAAAAUGUUCUUUUAUAUUAUUACAAAAAAUGUUGGCCUGGUCCGGAAAAGUACCACAGUUGACUAUAAAUGU